AUGAGUAACAGUCUCCAAACAAGUGCCAAAUAUCUCCAGUCACUGUUUGGGCUCGCCGGCAAGGUGGCCGUAGUGACUGGCGGAAGUUCUGGCAUUGGGAGAGAGAUGGCCACUGCCCUUGGCAAAGCUGGAGCAUCGAUUGUUCUUAUUGCGCGGCGCACCGAACCUUUGCAGGAAGCUUCCAGGCAUCUGACAAGUCUUGGGAUCCGGGUCACAGCUUUUCCUAUUGACGUCCGCGAAACGGAAGCCAUUCGAAGUUCGGUUCUCGCAGACCACGGCGUCCCUGACAUUCUCGUCAAUGCUGCUGGGUUUAAUCCUCGUCCACCGCUGGAACAACUUACCCAGAAGCAGUGGGACGAUAUUCUUGCUGUCAAUUUGACUGCUCCGUUUGCACUUGGGCAGGCAUUUGGGCCUGGGAUGGCGCAAAGAGGUAGUGGGAGGAUCAUCAAUGUCGCAAGCCAGCAGGCCUUUCGCGCAUUCGGUAACAGCGGCGCUUACGGGCCAUCCAAGGCUGGACUUGUUGCUUUGACGAGGUCUCAGGCUGAAGCGUGGUCUGCAAAGGGAGUCCUUUGCAAUGCGGUUGUGCCGGGGCUUGUUGAAACACCAAUGACCCAAGCUGUUCUCGCUGACGCUGAGAAAGCCAGGAUGCACGCGACGCGGACAAUGAUAGGAAGAAACGGCGUACCUGAAGAUUUUGGUGGCAUAGCUAUAUAUCUUGCUAGCCAGGCAAGCAACGCCGUCACAGGUCAGGUAAUUUUUGUCGAUGGAGGCUAUUCGUCAACCUGA